UUAAAUACUUCAAACAGGAACAAUUAAACCCUCUGCUGAAACAUUAGUCUAGGAGGAGAUAUAAGGUUACUUCCUUCAGUAACACACUCCGCUACAUAGUCAGGUGAAGAUUGUCUCUGUAGAGGCUUCCGGAUGUGGUUAUAGUAAACAUGGACUGUGCAAGCUUGCGCUGAAGGAGGACGAGGGGAUGGACUUAAAAUGUUGAAAUAGAGUGUUUGGAAGAGCUGACCUUGGAGCAGAGCAUUGCCGAGUAUCUGAAAUAUGUCAACGACCCUCACUGCUGCUCGGAGACCUUGGGGAUGACCUGCACCCACUAGCAUGCCUGGAUGGUUCAAAAAGGCGUGGUAUGGGCUGGCGUCUUUACUCAGCUUCUCCUCCUUCAUCCUGAUCAUCGUUGCCCUGGUAGUGCCCCACUGGCUGAGUGGGAAAAUCCUUUGUCAGACUGGAGUGGAUCUGGUCAAUGCCACAGACAGAGAGCUGGUCAAGUUCAUUGGGGACAUUUACUACGGGCUCUUCCGAGGGUGUAAGGUGCGGCAGUGUGGGCUUGGGAGCCGCCAGUCCCAAUUCACGAUCUUCCCACACCUGGUGAAAGAGCUCAACGCAGGCCUUCAUGUGAUGAUUCUGCUGCUCCUCUUCCUGGCCUUGGCCCUGGCUCUGGUCAGCAUGGGCUUUGCCAUUCUCAACAUGAUCCAGGUCCCAUACCAGGCAGUCAACGGUCCUGGGGGUAUCUGCCUAUGGAAUGUUCUGGCAGGUGGAGUCGUGGCGUUAGCCAUAGCCAGCUUCAUGGCUGCGGUGAAAUUUCAUGACCUGACAGAACGAAUCGCCAACUUUCAGGAGAAGCUCUUCCAGUUUGUGGUGCUGGAAGAACAGUAUGAAGAGUCGUUUUGGAUCUGCGUGGCCAGCGCGUUGGCCCACGCCGCAAACUUGGUCGUGGUGGCGAUCAGUCAUAUUCCCCUCCCUGAGAUUAAGACCAAGAUCGAAGAGGCCACUGUCACGGCUGAGGAUAUCUUGUAUUAAUAGCCUUCCCCUGUUCACACCCUGGCCUAAGUCAGUUCGUGUGCGAAUGGAGUCCUCGUGUUUUUGCAGCCUUCCCACUCCGUCACGGCCAUGUUCU